CGUCAACGACCAUCACUUUCCGGCUGACUGCGUUGACUCUUCCACAUGGUUUCCAGCUAGCCUGGAUCUGCGGGGUGCUGGGAGUGUAGUCGCCGACAUUUCGGACAGAAACCACAGACAGACAUCUUGUCACAUGAGCACCUAGAAACAGAUCAAAAUGGGUAAAAGUAAAACCACGAAGUUUAAGCGGCCGCAGUUCAACUCUAUCGGCCUGCCGGUGAACGCUGUGAAGGAAGCGGACGAAGAGCACGACGAAGAAAGCUGUCCGGCUGCGGAGCUGCUGGAAAAAUUGCAGAGUCCCAGUGCAGACAUUCGAGAGUUUGCAUGUGCCAGCAUUUCUCGGGUGGUGCAGCAGAGCCAGGCAAUUCCCGGUUUCCUCCAGAGGGAUGCAGUCAGACGGCUGGGCCCCAUGCUGCUGGACGGCAGCGUGGCCGUCAGGGAGACGGCCACUGGGGCGCUCAGAAAUCUGAGUGCAUGCGGAGGUCAGGAGGUGUGCGAAGACAUGGUGAGGCACGACGUCAUGACGCCGCUGACAGCACUGCUUCGAGAGUGUUGUACUGGUUUCGACACUGCUGCUGUUGCAAUGAAAGACCAGAGCAAUCCUGUGGAGGGAGUGGCCAACGAAGCUGUAAACCUACUGUGGAAUCUAUGUGAGAGCAGCAGCCAGGCAGUGUCUUUGUUCAACAAAUCCGGCCUCUUGGACAUGGUUGUCCAGUGCUUGGAGAGAUACCCUCACAAUGUGGAGCUGUCCAUAUCAGCUGCUCACUGUUUGCACACUGUGACCGAGGACAACCCCGAGCUGCUGCGUAGCAUGAACGCCGCUGUACUUGGAGCCCUAGAAAAAGUGCUGCUGUCAUCUCAGCCAGGCAUGGCGCACAUUCUCCUCAGGACUUUAGCUGCAGGUACGCUGUGGAACAUGAAGGCCAGCCUGCCUGCGGCCCGACAAGCCCAGACCCUCAACGCCGUGGUGGCCACCCUGUCACAGUGUCUGGAUUUGGACGCAGGGGUGUUGAUCCCUGAACUUAGACGAGCGGAAGAGGCUAACCACAGAAACACGGCUGCUGUGGCCGAAGCAGAACAGGCGGAGGCAGCGGCGGAGCCCGCUGAGGAGGAGAUGGACGAGGAGGACGCACCCAUGAAGAAGAAGAAUGGCAAAACUACGAAGGUUGACACUGACUUUUCCGACCUGCUGCCUAGGGGUAAGGAGGAGCUGAGGGAGGCAACGGCCUUGCUGACAGCCCAGCAAACGUCCUUGGAGAUCAUUGUCAACAUGUGCUGCUCUGACGACCCUUCUGAUGACGAGUGGGAGGAGGAGUCGAGCAGCGAUGAAAGUGACUUGGGUCCUGACGGGCUCUGCGACGGACUGUCCAGUCUGAUGUCUCCACUGUGCUUGUCAGCUGAGGUUCAAGGGGCCUUGAUCAACCAUGGCAUACCAGAAAAGGUUCUCAACAAAACAUCCUUCCCCAGAGAGGAAGCCACUAAUGUGUGCCAAGAGAAUCCAUCCUGGAGGAGCCUGAGCAGGCGGAUGCAGCGGGUUCAGUCCCGAGCGCUGACUUGCCUCCACAGCAUCCUCUCCACCAUGGAUGCAGAGUCUCUGGGCGGUGAGGCAGCCCUGCAGGGAGCAGCACAGCACCUGUCCUCAUUGGUCUUUGGUGCUGAAGAAAUCCCCAAAGAUGAGGAGUUCCUUGAGGCCGUCAUCAGCGCCAUGCGCUCUCUCCUGCAGAUAAUUGCCUCCAAAAACAUCAGCCAGUGCAUGACCCCCCAGCAGCUGAUGAGUCUGAGCGAGGCGGCCACCCGCUGCGAUGUUGUCAGCGUGAGGGUUAACGCCGUCGCCAUCCUAGGAAUCACUGGAAGCACAUUAGCCAAAGAAAAGGGCACGGUGGAAACCCUUCAGAUGAUUGGAAACGCCUUGCUUCAAGUCGCUACGAGGGACUCCGACCUGGUUGUGAACGGAGAAGCGCUCGACGCUUUGUUUGACGUGUUCGCUGAUGGAGAGGAGGCAGAAAUGGCGGCUAAAAACCUCAACUUACUGCCUGCACUUAAGGCACUUCAGCCUGUCUUCAAGGCAAAGAUCCGUAAAGAAGGCCGUGGUAAAUACAGCCCUCAGCAGCUGUGCGUGUUGGACAACAUCAAAAUCAACCUGAGAAGAUUUAUUGGUUAUCUGGAAAAGGGGGUGAAGAAAUAAGGACUUUGUGUUCUUCACACUGUGAUCAGUUGUUGAGACGUGAUGAGAUGGUGCAGUUGACAAACCGUCACUUAUUUAUGUAUUUUUAAAAAUAAUUACUGUUUACAGUUGUUUUGAGUUAUGUGAAUAUUUUUUGUGAAAAGGAAGAGGUGGUGGCAUUUUGUCUGUGAAGAGUCACCAACACGGUUUAAAAGAUUUCAGCAGAUUUUGAUGGCAUGUUAGCAACAUUUUUAAAAGAUAACGGUGAAAAAAAGCAGACUGCAGUUUUUCUUUCAUUUGUACCCAUUAACUUUAUCCUAACUAGUAGGAGGAGACCUAUUUAGGGAAAAAUGCAGUCAUGUUGCUAGGACACGACAGACUGCUGUUAUUUUACAGCAGAAUGGUCCAUUUUAGUUUUAGAAAAUAAACUGCUUUUCUUAAAUUAAUCACAUCACGGGACUAUUUUGUAUCCAUUGUGAAGACUUUUGGAAAUCACUCUUUGAAAGCCACUUUUAUAGAUUCAUAUUUUUAAGUUAAAUUGCUGCACAAGUUUUCAAGCUUAUAGAGAAACUAGAGCUAAUGGUGCCCUGACUAAUAGGGAGAAAAUUAACUCCAUAUUAUAGGGGAUGGCUAAAGUAUUCACGCCCUGUUACCUGACCAAGCAGAACAAAAGGAGACUCACAGCAUGAUGCUGCCACCACCAUAAAGAGAUGCAGAGUGCAUCUUUUAUUUGCUUAACAAGAAUAAGGAAGAAAUCCAUGGAUGCGUAUCCAUCUCAUAAUUAUGUCCUAUUUUGUGAUUGUUGCAUAAAAUUCUACUAAAAUAUUAUAUUUGUUGUUGUAACAUGUCAAAAUUCAAUAGAGGUAAAUACUUUUGUAAGGUUAAGUGUGCAAAGGUACAAGGAAAUCUUGAAAUUAAAAAUUCAAACCUUUUUCAGACUUCUACAAUGUGAAAUUCUGAAUUUACUUUCACAAAUUAGCUAGUUUUUAAUAAGCUAACUUAUUAAAAGCUGUGUUGUAAAUAAUUCUUCAAUCUGAAACUUUCUGGGAAAAAAAUAGACUUGACUGACAAGAAUAGUAUUUCGUUCAGCAGUGAAUGGAAAAGGUGUUAAAAAUAUUUCUGGGUGUAUCAGAAAUGUGGCAAAACUUUUAUACUACAUAGUUUCAUUAAAAUCUGAUUAAUCUAAUAAAGUGAAAAGAAAUUCAACUAAUCUCUUCAUUUUUCUGGAACAUGGUAUAUUAUGGGGUAAAAAAUAUUUAACUUCUCAAAAGUAAAUGCAUAAAGUUCUGAACCAUGAUGUAGACAUGAACUUACUUGAAGUUGUCUUGCUGUAACGGUUUAAAAUAAAAAUACAUUUGGUGUAAGGUGA